AUGGCGGUUGCCCUAGCACCUGUCGUUGCAGCAUCGUCUGUUGGUGAGGAAGUUACACACGAGGUUGUGAGAGCGGUGCAAGACGCUCUAGCUCGCAAUGAGGGAGACAAUGGGCGUACCCUCAAGCUUACAAAGGAGUUUCUUCGCUCCAAUCCACCAGAGUUUUUGAGGGAGGAAAGACCGCUGGAAGUCGAGAGUUGGUUAGAACAGAUUACCAAGACUCUUGCUAUGCUCAGAGUCGAGGACGAGGGGUUGAGGGUUUCUUUGGCGACCUUCCAAUUAAAAGAAAGUGCGAAUUAUUGGUGGAAGUAUGUGAAGGGUACCGUAGGUGCCACGCGGGUUGCGUUUACCGAGGCCUUCUUGGCCAAGAAUUUCCCUCUUUCUGCUCAGGAAAGGUUGAGGGAACAGUUCGUUGAGUUGCGCCAGGAUGCUAUUCAUUUGGCUCAGUUUGAGAUGAGGUUCACUAGUACGUCGAGGUUUGCUCCAGAGUUGGUGGCAACAGAGGAGCAUCAUUGUUACGAGUUUAAAAGGCGGUUACGUAAUGGUAUCCGAGAGAAGGUAGUUGGAUCUAUGUGGAGGAAUUAUUUUUCUUUAGUUCAGGCGGCGGCCCAUGUGGAGGUGUAG